GUUUACUUCCAGGUUUAGUAAUAGUGAAGGGAGAACGCCAGGCCAGAGAGGGGAGUUCGGGUACCACCCAGCGCCCCUCUCCCGCUCCCCGCAGGCCUUCGUCCCCGCCAUGGCCGAUCUAAUCCAGAAGAAGCUACAGGGAGAAGUGGAGAAAUAUCAGCAGCUACAGAAGGACUUGAGUAAAUCCAUGUCGGGGCGGCAGAAGCUUGAGGCCCAACUAACAGAAAAUAAUAUCGUGAAGGAGGAGUUGGCCCUGCUAGAUGGGUCCAACGUGGUCUUUAAACUUCUGGGUCCUGUACUGGUCAAACAGGAGCUGGGAGAGGCUCGGGCGACCGUGGGGAAGAGGCUGGACUAUAUCACAGCUGAAAUUAAGCGAUAUGAAUCCCAGCUCCAGGACCUCGAACGGCAGUCAGAGCAACAGAGGGAGACCCUGGCUCAGCUGCAGCAGGAGUUCCAGCGGGCGCAGGCAGCCAAGGCAGGGGCUUCUGGGAAGGCCUGACCCCUUGGUGGGGGGGAGGGGAGGGGAGGGAAUGAGGCAGCUCUAGGGUCUAUACUGUAGCUAAUAAAAUGUGAAAACACCUGGCUGUUUUCUGACCAGCCACUUUCUGUCA